CUUUUUCAGGAAACGAAAGGACAGCGCGAUGGCCACCAAGAAGCAGGUGCGCAUGCGUAAGCACAAGUUCCCGGCCAAGCUACAGCGCACCGUGAAGCCGCCGUCCGAGGCCCCCUUCAUGACGCCGUGCUCCAGAACCGGACCGCGGCCAGGCGCCGCCCUCAUCCGAGGGGCGUUAUCGAAGGAAGCCUACGCAGUGCUCUCCGAGGCAUAUGCAGACGAUGGCCCUGGUGUCGAGCCUGACGUAGUCCUCGACGUCGGGGACGACGAUGGUGACCUCAUCCAACCGUACGACGAUCCACUCGACGCCCCCAGCGACGACGAGGAAGCGGCGAUGGCCAUCGAUGCUGCUCACGCCGAUCGAGAAGCGAGCGCCGCUUCCUCGUGUCACGCGAUCAAGGAGCAGCGUCGGCUCGCGGCUUUCGCUGCGUAUUUGUACCCAAGCGUGCGCGCCCUCUGCGGCUCCCCGGCCGCAGCAAUCUGCACGACUUGCCACGCCACGCACAACGCCGCACACUUGUGCGCGCGUCACGCGGACGUCCACGAUACGCAAUCCCUUGGACACAAGAUUGUCCGGGACGCUACGAAGACAACCAUCAAGAACUACCAGUGCUGCGAAGAGGACGCCGCCUCGACCUACGUUGUACGGCUGCAUACCUUCGACACGGACGCCGACAAGAUCUUCGUCAAGACAUGCGCCAACCACCACAUCGGCCCGGUUCUUAUUGGAAUUGGAUUUAUGCCUGAUAACAUGGAUCAACCCAGCCACGCAUUCUCCAUGAACAUUGUCGCCACUGCCGCCAAGAUGCGCGCAUGUGGUGCGCCUUACCAAACGAGCUUCGAGGGCUUCUAUGGGAUUGGGGUCAAGUCCGCGUUCUACAAGCCGUUUGUCGACGCAACGAGACACAUUGUUGCACUACAACAACACGUGCACCACCAAGACCUCGUCGGCGACCUUGUCGGACCAAGCACCAACCCAACCGUCACGAAGACGCGCUGCGGUGCGUGCGAAGGAGGUGAUGGGCCUGCUCUCGGACCGAGAAUUAUUACGAUUGACGGCUUUGCCUCGGCAAAAAAAAUGGCGUCCGCGCAUGGCGGCGGCGGCAAUCACGGCAACUACUCGUGGACGAGCUCCUACUUUGUGCCGCUCAAGAGCGAUGGAAGCGUCCGUGUGGCGCGAAGUCAAGGCGGGUGCAGCGCAAACACCGUUGCGGGUGAAAACAGCGCCAAGCAAGGCCUGCACGACGUCAACAUGGUGCGCGUGAAGACACUGCGCAGCAAGGUCGACGGCAAGAUUGGCCUCGUGCAAGGGUUGACAUAUGAGAAGGCCCGCGGCCAACUUAUAAUGCGCAACAACAAUGACACUGCGAUGUACUGGCGAUACGUCGAGGAUCUCUACCACCUCCAGAACGGACUACGAAACUGGAUCGACUACUACCAAGGCAGGCAGCAGAAGCUCACGAACGCGACGGGCCGUGUCUACAGCGAGCUCUUCUAG